AUGUAAUUACUCCAUUCCCUAUUUUUAGAACAAUCUAAAAGGAACACUAGCAAUUUUGGACCUUAUUAUACUAAAAACAUGACUAGUUCUAUUAAUUAGAUCUAUCUUCAUUUAAAAUCUAAAACAAAUGCUACUGAUAGCAAAUAUGAAUUAUCACAUCAAUAAACUCCAAAUCCUAAAUUUGUAGAUUCAGAACAAUUUCCUAUAGCUGUAAAUGAUGUAAAUACUUAUACUUAUAAUUUAAAAUAGCAAAUCAAAACUUCAUAAGUUGUACGUCAAUACGUAGACUUAACUGAAUAAUUGAGCAAUUCUAUGAAUGAGCCUGAUUCCCCUGCGAAGUCGCCAUUGCAUUAGAAGGAUAUUGAAGUGAUGGUUGAAAGAUUAAAUAAUUGGUAGGCUAAGAAAUAACAACAAGAACAAUAAGGAUAAUAGGAGGAUUAAUAUGUGAAAUCCUAAAUAAAACCUAAUUUAAUCAAUCAAAAUAGAUAACCCUCGUUCGGUAGUCAAUAAUCUCAAUCGAAAUCAUAUUCGAAUAUGUUCCUUAAUAACAAUUAAAUCAAUUGA